AUGAAACAGAGAGCGGAAGAAACUGAAGAAACUCCACAACAGAUAAUUACAGCAGGAGUGCAAAACAUGAGUGAUGCAGCCGCUGGAGCUAUGACACCCAUAACAAACGUCCGCAGAAAUAUCCGACGAAACAGACAGCGUGCUGGAAACCAACCUCCUGUCCCGGCCAGUGCUGCAGAUGUUAUUAUCCCCAGACAGUAUCAAAUGACAGCUAGAGAUGGUAUCUUUUUACGGUUUGAUAAUGGUGAAGGAGAAGCUGACAGAAUACUCAUUUAUAUGAGUGAAGAUGGGCAACAAUGCCUUGCAACGUCUGAUUUCUGGUUUGCCGACGGAACAUUUAAAGUAGUGCCAGAAGUCUUUUUCCAACUGUACACCAUUCACAGUUUAACAGCUAACGGAAGUGUUUUCCCUAGUGUGAACGCUCUCAUCACCAAUAAGAGACAGGAUACCUAUGCGCGUGUUCUUCGAGAAGUGUCGGCCAUCGCAGGUGGGGUGAACGGCCUCCAGCCGACAGAAGUGCUCAUUGACUUCGAACGGGCAGCCAUGAAUGCCAUACUGGACGUGUUCCCCGACGUGGAGGUGAAAGGAUGUUUCUUUCACAUGACUCAAAAUGUAUAUCGUCAGGUUCAAGCCCGAGGAUUGGCCAAUGCUUACCAGGCAGAUGCAGAGUUUGCGUUACAACUCCGUAUGAUUCCUUCCUUGGCAUUCCUCCCUGAAGAUGAUGUUAUUGCUGGUUUCAAUGGAUUGCAGGAUUAUCUCCCAGAUAAUGCUCUUCCUAUUCUGCAGUCACAUGCAUUCGGAGAGCGCGAUCGCUACUGGGGACCUUUUGGUCGCUCGUGGGACGCUAGGGAAGCUAGGAUAGCAGCCAACGCCAUCUAUAAUUGUUCCAAGAAACCAUGA